UCCCCUAAAUAUUUGCUCAAGGAGCUGCGGCCAGGACUUGGAAACAGUGUGGCUCUCUUGUUUUUAGAAGGCGCAUCAGAUAGCAGCUGAGAGGGGCUUAACAUUUCAAACGUCUGGCGGUAGGCUGCAAAGUUUCCACCCUGAAACACUGUUCCAGUUGCAGGUCGGGUCCAGCAGACACAGGUCUUGGUGCUCACUUGGAGUCGAGCAUCAAGCGUAAGGAUCACACUAUCUCUGGAGGGGGACAGGAUUUUUUUUUUUUUUAUUGAAAUCAUCUCUGGUCCAAAAGUAGCUCUGUUGUGCAAGAAACCUGUUUUUUUUCUGCUAUAUGAAGAAUUCUGUUAUUUGACAAUGCUUUACUGAUGUCCACUCAUUUGGAAAGAAGCCUGCAGCUGGAAACUUCACACAAACUUGAUGCGGCCAAAUCUGAGGAGUUUUCUGGCGUGACGACGACCGAUGGAUGCUCGGAAGCGCACGGCAGUCCGGUGCUGACCUCCGGGCGCGGUGGAGAGGAUAAACCCUCGCAUCAGGAGAAGCCCCUCAAGAUGACCCGGAGUCCUAAAUGCGCCCGCUGCCGGAACCACGGCGUGGUUUCGUGCUUGAAAGGCCACAAACGUUUGUGCCGCUGGAGGGACUGCGGCUGUGCCUGCUGCCAGCUGGUGGUGCAGCGGCAGCGCGUCAUGGCUGCACAGGUCGCGCUCAGGCGGCAGCAGGCCGCGGAGGUCAGGGGGGCGAUGACAUCUCAGGGUAAGAGGAGCGCCAAGUGUGCGUCUCAAAUGCAGAGAACGCCGUUUCCUCGCAUGACUGCUGAGGCGGAAGAGGAACACAUGCUGCAGACCAAGAGCCUCCUGCAGGGGCUGAGACCACCAGAGGAUGACACUUCCUGUCACUCACAGCACACUUGGCAUGACCACACCCACUUCACAUGUCCCUCCGUCAGCGCCCGUAUGAGAAAGAGACGAGCUUUCGCUGACAAGGAGCUGGAGAACGUGAUGCUGCAGCGAGAGAUCCAUCAUAGAGAACUCCAGAAUGACAUUUCUUUGUCCUACUCGACCUUCCUUCCCAGGCUUCAUCCACUGCUUACACCCGUCACUCCGAGCUUGCAUUUGUUCAACAAAGCCACCUCAUCUGCAGGAUCAGGCAGCCAUGUGUGUGAACAAUUUAAGCCUCUGCAUGACUGUGAUUUCCACUUCUAUCAGUGCUUCCAUUUUAAGAGCAUAGAAACCGACUGUGGCAACUUCCAGAUCUCCAAAGGCUCAGGUCAAAGUGGGGAUACGAAUGCCUGGAAUAGCUGUGAGAAGAAAGAGCCUUCAGAGCUGAUACCUUCGCCUUCACUACUCAGUCUCAAACACCAUGGCAGGACUUUGUCGGGUCGUGACCUUGUCAAAGCUCACUCAAAACCAGCAGAAAUUCAAGACUCAAAUGUCACAUGCUCUAUUUUCGUAUCAGAUCAGAAGAUCCUGGACUUGCCAAAUGUCAGAGCCUUCAGCAGGACCUUUGAUCCGUUAGCGCUGACAGCUAGAGGCUGGUGUGCCGGCACUCCUGCCACCCUGGCACUUCCCCGUGAAGACUCUGGGAAGAGCCCUCAUGGCAGCUCAGCCAGGACUCCAGCUGUGAAGCCACUACCUUUCUCCGUUGAGGCUCUGCUGAGAGCCUGACAAGCCAAAGUGCUGGGAUUUGUUUAUGUGCAGAGUUCGCUUUGACAUAUGGACUAUACAAACAAAAAUGCUAACAUGUAUUUCACUGACAAGCUCUUGUUUCCUUUAACACGAGAACGGCACACAGUAGAGUCCAGACCAGGAAGAUAAACUAAUCCUUAUUGGAAUCAGAGUUAAGUGUUAUUCCAUGAGAACUUACCUCCUACUUAUGCCUUGAAGAAGCAUGCAUCAUUCACCGAUUUGAGGAAAAUGUCAAAACCACAUUACUCAGAGUAAAAGAUUUCUACCCACAUGUAAUAAAGGGUUGUCCUUGGUCCAUGCCGCAACCCUCCAAUAGUCUUGUGAAAACCGAAGGUACUUUGUAAUGAUGGUACAUGGAAACCUGUGUUAUGCUUAGGAAUGGGAAACAAAUUUGGUACUUUUAAAGGCAUCAAUCAAAACCCGUAAAAUGUACAUAAAAUCAAAUGGUGCCAUAUUUCAAUACCUUUGUUCACCUUGACGUCACGUCUGGAUGCAGACUCAACACCGGCUCAAACACUUGGCGAGUUAACAAUUACUCAAGCAACACUCAGAGGUUUUGGUGUUGGUAACUUUUUCAUGUCAACAAAGCAAGUAUGCCUGAUAGAAAAUGCUCAAACAAAGUAAGGCUCUGUUCACAUGCUACUAUUUACCAUUAGCAAUUUUACAUGCGAUUACCCCAAAUAUGAUAAUGAAAUUUACAACUAAGAUGCGUAUUACAAUCAAACAGCAAGUGUGUAAUAAAUACAUUACAAACACUUCAUAGGGCAUAAUAUAAGACUGAACUGGCACAUUCGUGACAAAGACUAUGUCCUACUAGGCAACAUACCGUAGUCUAACCACUGCUGCCAUCUAAUGUCUUGGAAUUGUAACUGCAUGCAAAGUAAACUAUAAAAUACCUGCAAAUGAGACUCAGAAAUGUAUUUACAAGAUAUUACAACACAGUUAUGAUAAUCAGCUCAUUUUUAAACGUUAAAUAAAAAAAAAAGAUUACACACACUAAAGUACCAUAAAGUUGUACCCUUGAUUAUCGAUAUAUGUAAAAUAAAUAAAUAAAUAAAUGGGUUGUACUUGUAUAGCGCUUUUCUACCUUCAAGGUACUCAAAGCGCUUUGACAUUACUUCCACAUCUAGUCAUUCACACACACAUUCACACACUGAUGGAGGGAGCUGCCAUGCAAGGCGCCAACCAGCACCCAUCAGGAGCAAGGGUGAAGUGUCUUGCUCAGGACACAACGGACGUGACGAGGUUGGUACUAGGUGGGAAUUGAACCAGGGACCCUCGGGUUGCGCACGGCCACUCUCCCACUGCGCCACGCCGUCCCUAAAAUAGUAAGAACCAUGCGUAUAGAUAAAGAAUAAGAAACAAGUAAGACAUAUGAAGAUUAAUAUAAGAUUAAAACUUUUAUUAGUAGAUUGCACAGUACAGUACAUAUUCCGUACAAUUGACCACUAAAUGGUAACACCCAAAUAAGUUUUUCAACUAUUUAAGUCGGGGGUCUACGUAAAUGUUAAAUGUCAAUUCAGGUUCAUACAAUAUAUAUAUAUAUAUAUAUAUAUAUAUAUAUAUAUAUAUAUAUAUAUAUAACAAUGAUACUGUAAAACAUAUUGCUCAGGUUUAGCUAUUUUACCAUCAUGUUUCAUAUUGUCAAUGUAUAUUCUUAUGUCUCUUUGUUUUCAGAGUUUCAAUGUACUGUAACACUUUGACCUAUAUGGAGCCAUUAAAUACUUUACAAAUAAA